AUGCGAAGGCUCUUCUCUUUACUUUUCCUUCUACUACUGCUCUUGGUAGUGGUCGAAGAAGUGAGGGGGUACGGUAAUGCGCCGGGCACGUAUCCGGAUGAAGAGAUGAAGAAUGGAAGCGAAUUCGAGGUGCCUAAGAAUCCGUACGAAAGCGGAUGGACUGGAUACGAGUAUUACUAUGAGAAGGAGAAAGAGCCAAAGAGUAAGGAAUUGAUACUGGAUAACGCAUAGAACUUCACACUUUCAGAACCCUCUUCUUCUGUAAGAAGCGGAAAAAUGCCGGCAUUCCAAUCUAUCGAAUCAGUUUCUUCUGAUAGAGAAGGCCCAGAUGAUCCAGAAGGAUACGUAGCUUCUGGAUCCGAAUCUUCUGGAAAACCCAGAGCUCUUUCGACUACUACUACUAGGACUACAACUUCAGCUCCUUCUACAGAUCCACCUGUGAAAGUUGCUCCAAACUCAACGGCAGGUACUUCUUCAACUAGCACCCCCACUUCCACCCACACCAUCACAAGCACCACACCACCAAAGAUCGGUAAGAGAAGAAUUGGAGCGUUUGACGCCAAUUUCACCGCACAGAUUCACGAGACUCACCCGAGAGUGGCACAGACUUCACGGCACCCGAACACGACUUGUAUAGUGGAGAUCAGAAAGGUAUCCCCAAAAGAAUCACGAGCAACGCACCUCUUUCCUUGAAUAAUAUCACAAUGUUUCGCAACAGAUGCCACUGCAAAGAAUCUACUAACCACACUGAUUGAGAAGAAGAAGAACGAGAGGAUCGUUUCGAGAACCCGAGCACCGGAAGGAUAUUAUGAUUCUGUGGAUGACGCCACUGGUUAUGGAGGUGCUGAGCCCAUGGAACGAAAGCCGUCAGCACAGUUAAAGUCCGCAGAUUCUUAUGAUGAUCUUGGUGGGCCUUCUGGCUAUGGAACCACUUCCGGAAGUGCUCCUGGAGCUUCACCACGAGGUGAAAUCACAACUCCACCUCCUCCUCCAACAGGCCCUCAAGCUCUGGAUUACGGUCAAGGAGGUUCAACAACUCGCCGACCGAAAUCAGAAGAGUCUCUGGACCAUCUUAGUGGAUACGGAGCCGGUACCUCUGGUCAGAAUCAUUCCAAAAAUCACGGAGCUGCACCAGGUGCUAUACCAGAAACUGAGUUUCUUUCAUCAAAAUAAUGAGCUUUAGAUUACGGUCAGAAAGGUUCUGAAUCGAAAAAAACAACAACAUCAGAAGAAUCUCUCGAUGUUUCAACUCAUCUCGCUUCUCCUGGAGCUGAGCCAACCACCUCGAAAACACCAGUGUCUUCUGAGAAUCAUCCGAAUCCUUAUACAGCUCCAGAGAUCCCAGUGGCUUCGAGAGGUGUACCAAAAAGUCCAAUUGCCAUUGCUCUACAAGAUUCUGGAAACGUUUAUGGAGAAACUGGACCGGGAGCUGAUUACCCUGAUCCUCCAGAAAACUGGCCAAAGAUUCCAGGAGGACACGUUGCUCACUACAAAUCCGGAUCCGAUGGCUUCGACGUGCCCGUCGUCUCUCGAAACCUUACCGAUCGUAUCGACGACCACAUCGGCUCCAGCGGCUCAAAGUUUGCCCCUGGCUCCGCUCCGACCGUUCCCCCAUCCACUUCUAACUCGAACAACGCAAUUUCGCCGCGAGACCCUUAUGAUCACUUUGGCACCGCACCAGCACCACGUAACCACCAGAACAAUCAGCGGCAAUAUUCUGACGAAGGUUUUGAAGACGAGCACGGCUACUACGGUGACGGCAACGCCAUCAUUUCGGUGGUGCCCGACAGGUACUGUUGCCCGUUGCGGCCAUUUACACAUCACGUUGCUAGCACACACCAGAGAUGUUGGGAAUUCCGUGUUCCGUGUUCCGUGUUCCGCGUUUUUUUUCAAUAUUUUUUCCGUGUUCCGUGUUCCGUAAAAAAAAAUUUCCGUGUUCCGUGUUCCGUGUUCUGUAGAAAUAAGUUUUUUUUCCGUUUUCCGUGUUCCGUGUUCCGUAUAAACUAUAUUUUGUCCGCGGAAAAAUUCGGAGAGGCUUUUCAGCUUUUCUGGCUUGGUUUGCUCGCCUCGUAGAUCAAAUUUAUCUCCGGAAAGAUUAGGACAAUUGACGUUUUGUGGUCAAAAUUUGAAAAUUUUCGGAUUCGGACCAUAUUCGUGAAAAGUGGAUUCCAUUUUCAGUCGUUUUUUUUACUGUAGUUGUUUACUGUUGUGUUGUUGGUUUUGUUAUUUUUAUGAAAUUUUCAGUAAAACUUUCACAUGAGUCAAACAGCUGCCUUGUCAGUCAGAUAAUCGAAUUAAACAAAACAUUAUUUUUUAAAAAAUCACUGGAAUUCUCUUGAAAACGCUUUUUUCCGUGUUCCGUAAAAAAAAAUUUCCGUGUUCCGUGUUCCGUGUUCCGUAGAAAUAAGUUUUUUCCGUUUUGCGUGUUCCGUGUUCCGUAGAGUAACAUUUUUAUUCCCAACAUCUCUGGCACACACACACACUUUCACACUUUCAGGCACUCGAACACCCGCCACCCAUCCAUAGGUGACGGCGCCACGCACACCGACCUCAAAGCACAGAUUUCAGAGAUUGAUCGCAUCGCCGGUAGCGUACAUUUGACAAUAUUCACACGAAACUUUGUUCAGAAUAUCUGGAGAACUCGGCGCGAGAACCGGUAGAGUAUGAGCAAAAGAUCACGAGCGAAUCGUCCAAGGGAAUCACUGUGGAGGCCGGAAAACAGUUGGCGGUAGGGGGCAGUUGUGUAGAGAUUAAAGGCGCGCCGCACACUUUCUUUUUUUUUUUUUACAGAAGCACUUUGGCCGAAAAGCCCGCAAAUGCUGUUCGUGUUGUGAUGAAAAGCAGCCGGUUUCCCGGCAAGUUGAGACCAAAGUAAAGGAUUUCACUUUUGUUUGUACGUAACCUUUUUUCGCGUCAGGUUGAGCCGAGUAACACGCAACAGCUUGUGGAUGCGACACGUUCGUUGGGUGAGUGUUGUGGGUACGGUGUGGCCGAUUGCAACUUUUUUUGUAGGCGAGGAUCCCGAGCAGCAUUAUGUCCCACUUCAGAGCACCGUCGGAGGCAGUGCGUACGUUCAACCGCAACCGAUUGUUCAACCUCAACAGUAAGUGACAUAAACUUGCUUUUCCUGAAAAUUGAUGUACAGGACCCUUUAUCAACAACCAUUCCAACAAUAUCGGCCUCAGUACCAGUAUCCUCAAUCCUAUCCGCAGCAGGCAUCUUGUGGAUGUCAACCACAACCUCAGAAUUGCUGUGCCCCACCUCAACCAUGCUGUCUACGUAAGAAACAGAGAGUAGAAACUGAAAACUAUGUUUCUCUGCUGCCGGUAGAGAUAUUUAAAAAAAGUCGUCACCAUUUUGGCGCGAAAUUCGAAAUUUAACCCAAUUUUUCAUGUGUUUCGUCAAAAAUUACCCAAAGUUUGUACGAUUUCGACAAUGUAAUUGCAUAACUUUGUUAUUAAACUAAUCAUCGCGCACUUUUUGAGCUUAAAACGAGCAGGUUUCAUUCAGAAAUUCAAUCAAUUGAAUCGAUUUUCAAGUUUUGUGCUGAAAAUGCGCGAAUUUCAGUCAUUCGCCGAUACUUUUUGCCGUUUGAACGCUUAAAAUACUUGUAUUAACGUGCUUAAUCACUUCCUAUCACUUCGUCUCAAAACUAUCCACAUCGGCCGGUAUGAAAAUUCCGAAAUUGCGAAAUAUGCCAAAAACGUCUCAAACGCGGCGUUUUCACGAAAAUUUCAAUGUUUUCUCUCUUUAAUGUCGCUUCUUUCGUCGAUAUCAAACACAAAAAUAUCGGAAAAGUGCUGGAAUUGCGGCAAUUUUCGGAAAACGCGUCUCAGAUUAGGCCACGCCCCUUUCUACACUUUUGGUCGCCGUGAGCUGAGUAUUUUAUCAGUUGACAACUGAGAUUGACUGCCAGCGCUGAAUGUACUGUAUUGAAAGUUGCUCAAUUUAGCGUCUUUCAGCCACAAUCCCAUGCUGCCCUCCGAUUCCUUGUUGCCCGCAACCGAAAAUCUGCUGCCAGCCACAACCGAUCUGUCUGCCUCCGCCCACGUGCUGCUCGAUCAACUUCCAAGUGCCGACCAUCCCCAUCUGUGGCCGUGCCUGUCCUUCGUGCCCGUGUCGCAGAAGAGUUCAUCGUUCGAGAAGACUGAAGCGACACUCGAUCAGCACGAACUGCAACCAGUGCUCGGCGGCCGGAGAGCCCUGGAAGUCGGUGCUCCAUCAUCGAGAAAAACGAGCGGCGUCCGGAUGCUCCUCCGGAUUCUCCACGUUGCAGCAAAACUCGUGCGGUUCUUGCGGAGCGUCCAAUUUGAGAUCGCCGCGAGUGAAGCGAAUGGGAUGUCUGCCAUGUUUGGGACGAAAGAAGAGGAAUGCGGACGAGUCAUCGCACAUUCGCGUCAAGAGAAUGGGAUGCUUGCCGUGUCUGGGCGGAGGAAGAAAGAAGAGGAGCGCUCUGUCGAACUGCUCGCAAUGCAACUCUCUCGGACACCUCUUCAAUCGAUACAAACGAAGUCUGUUCGGAUGCUCGCCGUGUGCUUCACAGGUGAGACCCUCAAUAGUUUUUGUGUCAAGUUCUAAAAUGUCUUAUACAGCCCGCGUGUCCGUGCCAGGGCCGGAAGAAGCGAUCGGUGACAAUGCGGGUAGUGAAGAGGGCUCCGAUCGGAUCGGAUCAAUGCGACGCCACGUGCUGUGACUACUCGAAAUGCCAGAAUCGACACAAAAAAGAGAGCCUUGUUCCGUUUACCAUGUGA